UGCCACCGUGAUCCCUUCAUCAUGUCCCUACCGGAUGCCUCCAAGACACCCGAGCACGCGCCAGUCGCUGCAGCUAUGAAUCCCGCCCGCCGCUCCUUCACCCUCCCCGCCCGCAUAUCGCCGAAGCCACCGCGUCCCGCCCAACCCGCAAACACAGCCGACGGAAUAGAGACUCUGUUCGUCUGCACCUCCACCAAGAUUGUUUCCUUCACUGCCUCCAACCAAGCCAGGCCGACUUCGCCGUCACGGCGCAACCAGCGCGAUGCCGAGGACCAAACACAGACAAUUCCAUGGCGGUCGCCUACGGAGCGCACCAUGGCUGUGGGGGUGUUGAGAAUAUACCGUGUGAUCUCGUCCAAUGUCUCAUUCCUUAACUCGGGCAAUCUCUUGCAUACUAUUUUUCCCAGAUCGCAAUGCUGGUGCGUCGAUGGCGAGUCCGUCUUCGUCCUUCGCGUACGACAAGAUUCUUAUUACCGGAUGGAACUACCCCACGAAUCUUCAGAGGAUAAGGAGAAGGUGGACCAGUUCAAAGCCGUCCUUGGCCAAGUGUUGCAGUUUGAAAAAACCCAAUGCCCGUUCACCCGCGAGUUCGAAGUUGAACUACCCGAGCGUCCAAAGACUCCGCCGCGCAGGCGCUCUACUAUUCGGGCCCCCGGGAAGGCCAAAAAGUGGCUAUUUGACAAGAAGUGGAUGCCCGAGGAUCAUUCUAGGCCUUCCACGCCAUCUUUAGAGGGCACUGAUUCCGGCCCUGCGUCGUCUUGUGAGGAGGAUGACCGGUCAAGUAUCAACACCGAAAAGAGCGAGACACUAGCAGAGGUGGCAUCGGAGCCAACGGAGAGCCUUCCGACUGCCAUGAUACCCAAGCCUGCACACAGACUAUCUGUCACGGAGCGGGCAAAGACCUUUCAAAUGCGAUCGGUGACUGCGCCAACUUCAUUAGACGCCCAACGGCCAUCCCGUGUAGAGGAGCUAGCGAAGAUCAAUGAACGCAACGAUACAUCUGUGGAGGAACUUCCCGAGAACCCUGGCAGGAGCGCACGCAUGCCCCUGGACCGCAAGGAGUCAGUAGACGCACAGAGCAUCAUGUCUAGCGUCGACUCAUUUUACUCGGUUGAAGCUCCUACCCGUAGCCCUUCUCCACCCUACGUUGAUGCUGAGGGGGAUUCAAUCAACCCUUGGGCUGACAUGCAGGCUCUUCCAGAGCUGGAGAUAGAAACACGAGGUCGUAGCAAGCACCGUCGAGAUACAUCAGAGAUGACAGUACGAGCGUCUUCCCUAGGAGAUGCUAGGAAAGAUUUGCCCGUCACACCCACAAUGGGGGAAACGCCCUCUGCCGACAUCCAUCCGUCCUCUGCCCCCUCAACGCCGCCUCUUGUCAGCGACUCUGACGACGACAGCAUUGGUCCCCCUUCUUUAGAUGCACCGACACCACCUGCCAACAUUCGCAUGAAGCGACUCACCGGAGCUUCACAAAGGCGCGCUUUCUCGCCGAUGCCACAACCUCAAAACUUAUUUCGCCCACCAACCACCACCAGUGCAGGCAAGCAGUUCACGACUGCAUUAAUUCGUAAGACGUGUGAAGUUGUUCUUGGACCUCCAGCCCAUCUAGUACAGCUGAUGCUCAGCAUAGCCGCCAGUGUAUCCGACGGCAUUUUUGGUUUCAACACGUACCGGGUGCGUCACAGUAGCGAGAAAAAGAUACCUUGUUCUUGGGAAUCCAGCGACGAGGAAGAUUGGCCUGAAGAGGAUGAUUUCGGCAUUCCACUACGAACUUUUGAUGACUCCACGACCGUUCGAAGGACUGGAUUCUCCAAGGAUAUUGACUGA